AUGGUGAACACUGUUCUCACGGUCUCUGGGAUGACUUGUGGUGCCUGCUCCUCUGCCGUCACCAAUGCUCUAACAAGCAUAGAUGGCGUUCAGGAUGCAUCGGUAUCAUUAAUAACCGAAGAAGCUAAUGUUAAGCAUUCAUCAAGUGUUAGCGCAACUGAUUUACAAACCGCUAUAGAGGAUUGUGGAUUUGAUGCUAUAGUGAUAUCAAGUGAGGAUGAAACUCCAAGAGUUUUUGAAACAAAGUUGAGCGUUAAAGGUAUGACUUGUGGUGCUUGUACUUCUUCAAUAACAUCAAUGAUUGAACCAAAAGCUGGUGUACAAAAGUUUGAUAUCUCAUUAGUCACUGAAGAAGCAGUUGUAAAGCAUGAUGAUACUAUCAAACCUUCACAAUUAAAAGAAUGGAUAGAUGAUGCUGGUUUUGAUGCUGAAAUUUUGGAAUCAAGAGAGAUUACUAAUGGGACAUCUGGAAGUCUACCCAACAAGCCAACUGGAUUAGAACAAGCUGAAACUACAAUUUCAAUCAAAGGUAUGACCUGUGGAGCUUGCACAUCUAGUGUUACAAAUGUUUUGAACGAUAUUGAAGGUGUCUUAGAUGCAAGUGUAUCCUUGGUGACUGAAGAAGCUAGAGUUAAGCAUUUUAAGACUUUGAAUCCAAGUGUAUUGAAAGAUGCUAUUGAAGACUGUGGAUUUGACGCUGAAAUUGUUGAUACAGUUACACAGAACAAUCAAAGCCCGUUGAUAGAGACUACAAAAUUCACAGUUGAUAGUGAUUUGGAUUUGGUUGAUUUGGAACAACAAAUGUCACAAUUUAAAGGCUAUAUUUCUUCAAGUUUGAUUGAUGAGUAUUCAAUCGCUGUCACUUAUGACUCUGCCAAAACUGGUGUUAGAUUUUUGGUGAGAGAUUUCCAAAGUAUAGGGGUUAUUGCACAACCACAGAAUAUCAUGAAAAUAGGUCUGGAGAGUAAAAGGCUCAUUAAGGGCAUUAUGACUCUUAUUUUUGCCUCUAGUUGAUAAACGUCAUGUCUUACCAAUCCGUUUUUUGUUAAAGUUUGUGUCUAGCUGAGCAGCUUUAUCUGAAAAAUCAGUCUGCCAUUUUGAAUCGGGAAAGGGCGGAUUUCUUGAAAAAAAUCAUUUCAAAGUUGGUGGAUUUAAAAGGAAUAAAAACCUAAGGGUCCAUUUCAGUCACUUUUAUGGCAUAUGCGUAUAUACGUAUCGUAUACUAGAAGCUUCAGGCUGCUCUAUGAGGAAAGCUCAUCAAGAAUUCUGUACUUAAUUGUUGUUCAAAAUUGAAAGAGACACAAGCAAAGCAUUAGGACUUUGGACAGAUCAAGGUAGAUUAACCAAGCU